GCCAAACAUGAAGGGACUUUGACACUGGCAGUCUCUCUUUCUGAUACUGCUGCGAAUUCUGCAACAAAAGCUGCGAUGGCCUCUUAUUCUGUAGCAUCUUCUUCAAAAGCUGCUGAGGCUGGAACUUCCGUUUCUGCGACUGCAGAUGUGGCUGCCGCUUCCCGAGUUUGGAGAUAUGAUGUUUUCUUGAGUUUUAGAGGUGAGGAUGUUCGGAAUAACUUUGUAAGCCAUCUGUACAAGGCUUUGACAGAAAAAGGAAUUAAAACCUGCAAAGAUGAUGUGAAACUUGACAAAGGAGAAACAAUCACUCCAUCACUCCUUCAAGCGAUUGAGGAUUCAAGGUUUUGUGUAGUAGUUUUUUCUAAGAACUAUGCUGAUUCCACUUUUUGCUUGGAUGAACUUGGGAAGAUUGUUGAACGUAUCCCAGAUCCUAAGAAAGAUACAAAGACUGAUGUACUGAAAAAUUCAAAAACAAAAGCCAGAGAUGCAGUUUUGCCAAUUUUUUACAACGUUGACCCAUCGGAGGUGAGCAAGCAAACCGGUGUAUUUGGAGAAGGAUUUGCUAAAUCAAAACUGAAAUUUCCUGAGAUGGUUGAGCGUUGGACAUUAGCUCUUACAAAGGCUGGCAACAUGUCUGGAUGGGAUGCACGAAACAGAGAGGAAGCGAUUCUUAAUUGAUUGAAUA